AUGGCUACAGCCUCAGCCCUUUCUACUACUACUACUAAGGAAUUGAUCACAUCUUCCCCUUACCAUCUAUCUUCUAAUGAUCAGCCACACCAUGUCCUUACCCCGUUUCUUCUUAAUGGCGAAAAUUAUGAGAAGUGGGCUAAGAUCGCACGCAACAAUCUCGCAGCAAAGCAUAAACUUGGGCUUGUCGAUGGCUCUCUUCUCAAACCUGCAACUGAUUCUCCCGAUUACCAACGGUGGGUUCAAGUCAACUCGAUGUUAUGCGGCUGGCUCUAUGCAUGCUUAGAUCCUCAAGUCCAAAAGGUUAUCUCGUUUGUUGACAAUGCAAAAGUUCUUUGGGACAACUUGCGUGUUCGUUACUCUAUUGGGAAUGCUUCUUGUGUUCACCAAAUCAAAUCCUCUAUUGCUCGCUGUGCUCAAGACGGUCAGUCUGUUGCUGACUAUUUCGGUCAACUCAAGGUGAUGUGGGAUGAUCUCGAUGACUUUGAACCGUUCAUUGACUGUUGUUGCAACUCUCCGUCCUGUCCUCAACGUCUCAAGCAGCAAGCACGUCGUGAUCUUGAGCGUAUACACCAAUUUCUCAUGGGUCUCGAUGCUUCUCGGUUUGGUACUACACGUACCAACAUCCUUAGCCGUCUCAACCGCGACACUAACAUGACACUUGAUCAUGUUUACUCUGAAGUCAUUGCUGAAGAACAUCAUCUGAUCGUUGCUCGUUCUAAAGAAGAACGUAUUGAUGCCGUCAGCUUUGCUGUGAAGGCUGGUGUCAAUGCUAUUUCUUCCGCUACACGUCUUCCUCAAGGACCAUGUACUCAUUGUGGCCGUACCAGUCACACGGUUGAUACGUGUUUUGAACUUCAUGGCUUGCCCGAGUGGUGGAUAGAGAAACAUGGUGACACUCGAGAAGGCUCCCGAUCAGACUCUACUCGCGGUCGCGGCCGUGGCUCUUACCGAGGACGAGGUCGUGGGCGUUCCUCUUCUACUUCCUACCGUGCUAACAAUGCUCAGGCUUUCUCCGAAGCUGAUCUCCCUAACUUACCUGGUGUCAGUAAGGCCACAUGGUCUGCCAUUGUGAACUUGUUAAAACCUGACCAAACUUCUGGUUCCGAUAAGCUCUCCGGUAAGCAUUCUUGUGUUAAGUUUCUCCUUGACUUUGGAGCGUCUCAUCAUAUGACAGGUGAUGAUGAUCUCCUUGUGGAUACGCAUGACAUCCCUCGAAGUAUUGUUGUUCUUCCCAAUGGAAAACAUACUUAUGCUACUAAAGAAGGGACGAUGAUUCUUGGAGAUCAUGUGACAUUGAAUCGUGUUCUUUAUGUUCCCGAUCUCUCUUGCACCCUUAUUUCUCUCGCUAGACUUUGUCGUGAGUUGUCUUGCUACACUUUAUUUACUGAUACAUUGUGUGUUAUACAAGACCGCACUUCGAAGAUGCUGAUUGGCGCAGGUGAAGAGAGAGAUGGGGUUUAUCACUUUCUUGGAGCGGUUUCAGCACGCAUCAACAAUGUCAAAAAAUCCUCAAGAACUCUUUGGGAUGAACGUUUGGGGCAUCCUUCUACGAAGAUUCUAUCUAGUUUUUUUAUCUAA